UUUUAGGUGUGAUCUUGUUAGGAAUUAACUUUGUUUUCUUAGCCAAGUCUGAUGGGAGGAUUGGAGAUACUAAAUAAUCCAUUAAGGGGACAUCAGAACCCCAAAUAACCAUCUUUGCUGUUAAGGGUCAUUUUUGUUUACCUUCCAUUCUGGGGAUUGAGAAGAGGGCCUUAUGCAUGUCAAGCAAGUGUAUACAGAUUGAGCUAUAGGACGGCCUGUAUACUCUCAUUCUUUAUAUGGCAUUUACAGACAGAACUCUUCCCUCCACUGUGGACAGUGGUUGAACUCAGCCACAAGAUUGGCUUCUGGUUUUUCCAGAGACAUAAAAGGGAAACAUUUGGGGUUGGAGAGAUGGCUCAGCAGUUGAGAAUUCUGGGUGCACUUCCAGAGGCCCCAGGUUUGACUCCCGGCACCUACUUGGUGAUUUGUAACUCUGUUCCAGGGGAUCCAAUACCCUCUUUUGGCCUCUCUGGGCACCAGGUGUGCACACGGUGCCCAGUUAUACAUACAAGCAAAACCCAAAUUAAAAAUCUCUACGUUAACAUGAUGUAUAGGCAUACAACCAGGCAAAACCCAUAUAUAUAAUAAAAUACUUUUAAAAAUAUUUAAUGUUAAGUAAAAUUUUAUAUAAUUUACUUACCAAUUUUAUUGUACCCCCAAAGCCUUAAUGAGAUUUGUGUUUGUUGGAAUCUGGGUACUUUAGGUCACAAUGAUUAAUGGUGUUGGGUUCUGUGUCUUCUGACUCAUAGCUAUAAAUCCCAGCACUGGUAGGCUGAGACAGGAGAAUUAUUAGAGGUAUAAGGACAUCCCAGGCUAUGUAGAGAAACUGUCUCAAACAAAAAGGAUGGUAUGGGAAGAAAGGUUGCCUCAUGACUCUGUAGUGUGGGAUGAAGUCAGCUAGUCAUAAAAGUCUGUUCUUCACCCUUAUGUUUUUAAGAGCGCUUCAUUUAUCUCACCUCUAGCAGCUUCUGCCUUCACUCUAAGAGUUCCCUGAAUAGAUGAAAGAAAUUUGGGUAAUUGCUGAAAUGCCUGAAUUUGAACUUCUUUUGCAGUUUUAGACAGGAUUCCAUGUAGCCAAGCCUGGCCCAACUUCAGGUUCUCUCUGCUUCUGCUUCCCAUGUGCUGGUGUUAAAGAGAAUUUAUAAGCAUGUGCCACCUUGUCCUGCUGCGUUUUUUUGUUUUUGACAGGAUUUCACUGCAUAACCCUGGCUGGCUUCAAAUUUUUCCUUCCUGACCUGGAUUUACAGGUAUGUGCCGCCGUACCUGGCUGAACUGUUUAAAGAUUUAGUUUGAAUCCUAACUUUUAUUUGAAGUUUUUUUGUUUUGAAGGCAGUUAAGGCAGUUUCACAACAUUGCUCAGACUGGCCUUGAACCUGGGAGUAUAGGUGUGUACUAUAAUGCUUGAAUUGUGUUACUUAUACUUAACCAUUUAGGCUCUUAACCUAUACUUCUAAUCCACAUAAUCAAGGAAUCUCCAUUUUUGUGGAGGAGAAAGUUACUAUUACUCUUAUUAGUUCAAGAAGCUUAUCUAGUUGUUCAUUUAUUUAUAGUGCAUUUUGGAACUAGUGCUGUUACAAUUGAGUUCUAGCUAUGCCACUUUCUAGUUGUUCAGCCUCUUAAGAAAUUGAACAUUGCAUUUUAAUAUUUCUUUUUGUGUGCAUGGGUGUUUGCAUACGUGUCCAUAGCCUGCAUGUUUGUGGUGCUGACAGAAGCCCAAAGUGGAUCCCCUGGAUUUGGAGUUACAGAUGAUUGUGAGCAGCCCUGUGGGUGCUGGGAUUCAAGCCCGGGUCCUCUGGAGGAACAGCCAGUGCUCUUUACAGCUGAGCCUCUCUCCAGCCCUACAUUUUUAUUUUUUAAAACUUGGUGUAUAGUGUAUAUAUGUCAGUUGUAUUCUCUCUGUGAUUCUCCAUUUUAUUUCUAGCUAUUUGCACCUUACAUCUCUCUUACCUACCUGGCCCCAUCUGCACUUACUGACAUUAAAGAGGUGGCUGUGCUCUAUGUUCAUGCUUGUUCAGCAAGCAUUUUACUUGCUGAACCAUCUUCCCAGGCCCUCGCAUUGAAUUUUUAAUUGUUUACAGACAAGAUUAUUCCUUUUGUUGUCCAGGUGGGCUCCUGGGUUCCCAGGCUCAAAGGAUUCUUUGGCCUCAGCUUCCUGAGUAGUUGUGACUAGGGUGACGUACCAGUGCCUUUGCUCCUGGCUUAUAUAUGUAUUUUUUUAUAUUUUAAUUUUUUAUUAGAUUUCUUUACAUGUAUGAGGUUUUGCUUGCAUGUAUGUCUGUGCACCACGUGUGUGCCUGGUGCCUGAGGAGGUCAGAAGAGAGCCUCAGAUUCUCUGGAACUGGAGUUAUGGAUGUUUGUGAGCCACUGUAUGGGGGCUAAGAAUUGUACCCAGAUCUUCUGCAAGAAUAGUGCUCUUAACCAUGGAACCAGCCUCAUGUAUUUUGUUUUUUUUUUUUUCAAGAUGGUAUCACUGUGUGGUAGUUCUGGACUCACUAUGGAGAUCAGGCUGGUCUCGAACUCAGCAGAGAUCUGCGUGCCUCUGCCUUCCAUUGGCUGGAAUUAAAGGUAUACAACAAAACACCUGGUACAAUGCCUAGACGAGCAAAUGCAUGGGAUGUUUCUUUUGUGUGUCCAAUAUAGGUGUCUUCCAGAGAAUGGUAAAGUGUAAAAAGCAUUUCUUGUUUUUCUUGGUGCGUUUGGAGUGGGUACAAGAAAGGUUAAAGUGUACUGCUUUUUUUUUUCUCCAGGGUCUAACAAUUAUGGACGCCAGCACCACAGUUCAGUGUUGCUAUAAGUUUUUGUGUUGCUCCCCAUUGGUAUUACUGAGGAGACUAGAUGAUCCUCUCUGCCAGUGCUCGGAGUAGUUGGAACACCAGGCUGAAUCUGGCGCACUCCGUGAAAAGCGGUAUCUCGGGAGCGAUACCUGGAUUCCCGGAUUCCGGAAGCUGGUAUCACGGAAGCUGGUGUCACGGAGUCAGUUAAAAAAUUCAAAUCGGCUAUGUAGUCACCCGUGAUAGAACUUUCCACGAGGCCGGUGGGCGGGGACAGGAGCAAGAUCUCUUUGUGAUAGUCUUAACAUGGAUACAAGCAGCGGCGAGGACUGUGAGGCCUUUGUGCCUGAAUUGCCCCAGAAAAAGUCCAGCUGUGUGGUGAUUAACUCUGAUUCUGACUCUGCCCGUGAGGAAAAGAGAGCUAAGAUCUGUGAAAUAAGCAGUGAAGAUGAGUCGUCUUCUGAUGAGUCGUCUUCUGAUGAGUCGUCUUCUGAUGAGUCGUCUUCUGAUGAGUCUUCCGACAAUGGGGACACUGGGGACACCGGUGGCACUCAGAAGUCAGUAAUUGUUAUCGAUGAUGAAGAAGAUGGCAAUCCCCGUUUGAGGGAUUCUGAGAAGAUAAUUGAUUCUAGUGAUGAGCGCCAACUGCCUGUGCCCCAAAAAGAGGUGGUUGAAUGUAUUGAUUCUGAGCCCAUUUCACUUGAUGAUGAUUCUGAAACAGGGGAUCUUGGUGAAAGUUCCAACAAACCACCACCAGAGCCGGAGCCCCAGCCCCAGCCCCAGUGGGAGCCCCAGCCCCAGCCCCAGUGGGAGCCCCAGCCCCAGUGGGAACCCCAGCCCCAGUGGGAACCCCAGCCCCAGUGGGAACCCCAGCCCCAGUGGGAACCCCAGUCUGAGUCUGAGCAGGAACUUGUGCCCAUGCCUGACCUGGAUCAGGAAUCUGAGCAGGAGCCUGUCCCAGAGUCCGAGUCUGAGCUCGAGCAGGAGCCAGAGCAGGAGCCCCAACCCGAGCGGGAGCCAGAGCCGGAGCUGGAGCCAGAGCUGGAGCCAGAGCCGGAGCUGGAGCCAGAGCCGGAGCUGGAGCCAGAGCUCGAGCAAAAUGUUACAGCUGAAGAGGCCAAGGAGAGAAAGGCUGCAGUUGUGCUGGCCCAACAAAGAAAGAAGAGAAAAAAUAGGUUUAUAUGUAUGGCACCUCCUAAGUCACGUAGGAGUAGGAAACAUCGUAGGGUUGUCUCACAGGAUCUGGCCAGCCUGCCAAGUGCCUCUGCAGAGCCUAGUCCUCCUGAUGAGCCCACAUCAUCAGAGCAACCUGUUCCUCCUGCCGAAUGCAUGCCAUUAAAGAAACCCAAACGCAAAAGGGGACGCCCACGCAAGGGAGAAUGAUCUUUGUGCAAACGUGGUUGGGGCUCCCAUGUCCAUCUUUCUUACACUCCAAUAUGUUAGCAUUUACUCUUCAGUACCUCUGGAGUGCUUUUUCCCUGAAAUCCCUGUCCCGAGGAUAUCCUGGGUCGUCAUCCUCAACAUGCCCCCAUAACUGGCUAAUUGUUAAUUCCUUUAUGCAGCCAUAAGUUAGAAUGGCUCCUCCCUCCUAGGUUCCCAGUUUUAGAGUUUUUUAUUAAGUGUGUAACAUGUUGCCAAAUUUGUCCCCUCAGUAGUCUGUUCAUAAGAGGACUCUUAAUGAUCUAUUCUCUUGAGCGUCUAGCCUCAUGAGUGGCAUGUAACAAGAUGUUUAAUAAAUUUGUUAAAUAAAAUGA